UAGCAAUGCUCCCUCCCGCACAAGACCAUAAAAUGAUAAGAAUAGCUAAAAAUUGUAUGGGAAAACAGUGGCCCGCACAUUUAGAUUAUGAUUGUUAAUGAUGACAUGCAGUUAUAAGCUGGUGACAACAGGAAACCGCAUGGUUUGCCUUGAUAUUGUGUUAAAAGCAGCUACUGCUUCCUUAUAAUCCACGCCCCCUUCCCUUCUCUUCCACAUCCGCCCUUUCCUCAACAGCCCUCCCUGUGUCUUUGUAGUUUUGCCCCACCUUUUGUCAAGCAAGAACAGGCAAACUUUAGAAGUCCACACCCCCACACUGCACACUCAAGCCCAUGCCUACAGUAGCAGUUAAGAGAAGUGCACCGAUACUGGAAUCUGCUUUGUGGGACAGAUUACUCUACAUACCUGUCUUAGAGGAUUUGGCAAACCACUAUGGGAAUUACUCAUACUACAGCCAUCAAUAGAAAAAGGAGUUGGAGAUGACUUUAAACGCAAGCUACCGUGCUACUGAUUGUGACAUUUGUAAGGAGUGGCUUGUGUGAUCGUUUCUCAACAUUUUGGAUAUCAGAGAUAGGGAAACAGUUGGUGGGAAGCUUGUGUUAUGGAAGCUUAGAUUGCUAGUCUCUUGGAAGUUGCUGCCCUUGCACCAUCUAGGCUGCAGUAUAUUAAUCCUCAAUCCUUCCUAACCUUAUUGCAACCCCUUUUAAAAUUCCUUAACAGAAACAAUGGACCUGACUUUGUGGCAGUACCAGUUCAGGAUCAUCAUGCUGGGGGACUCCACAGUGGGCAAAUCCUCCUUGCUGAAGCGCUACACUGAAGACUUGUUCCUGGAGUCCAUCAACCAGACGGUGGGUGUAGACUUUUAUGUUCACUUCCUGGAGGUGGAGCCGGGGGUUCGUGUCAAACUGCAGUUCUGGGACACAGCUGGACAGGAGAGGUUCAGGUCAGUGACCCGUUCUUAUUACCGCAACUCAGUCGGAGCCCUGCUGGUGUUUGACAUUACCAACCAAGCCUCCUUUAACCAUAUCAAGGAGUGGCAUGAUGAGGUGUGCGAGCGAGUGCAGCCUCAUAAGGUUCUGUUCGUCCUGGUGGGUCAUAAGAGUGACCAAGAUGCUAAGGGGGAAAGAGUGGUAAGUCGGGAAGACGCUGUGAAACUGGCCGGGCAGCUAGGGAUUCCCUAUAUGGAGGUCUCUGCCAAGACAGGCCAGUACGUGAGGGAGGCCUUUGAGCUGCUCACUCGACGGGUUUACCAGGGCCUGUUGAGUGGAGAGGUAGAGCUGCAAGAGGGCUGGGAUGGAGUCAAGUGUGCUACACCACAGGCGCCACACUUGCAGAGAGCCAGCCUGAUACAGCACAGCAUAGCCCCAAAGAAAAAGUGCUGUAGUUAAACUGUGGACUGUUGGUGGUCACCCAUGUGCACGGAUGUUACUGUGAAACCAAAAUCGGCCUCCAGGAAGUUGGAUUAAUGGUGGAAUCUUACUGUUCUACCAUGACCAUCAUGAUUUUUGUGCCUUUUUUUGUGAAUAAACAUAUCAUAACCAUUAAUCAGAGCAAUGUAAGAGCAAGCACUUUCUGACUUUGUACAAUACUUCUGAAAGGUUUUGAGUAACUGAUCAUUUUAGCCAUGGUAGUGGCGUGGAGAUCUUUUGUUGGUCAGUUGGUCCACCACUUUUGGGUCAAACCUAAAAACCAUUGGAUAGGUUUCCAUGAUAUUUUGACAGUGUAACAAGAGGAUUAUUUCCUACUGACUUUGACGGUCUCUUGAUUUUCAUCUACCACCUAGUGAAAUGUCUCGACUUUUGUCUUUUGAGACAGCUACCGACUUUAGAUGGUAAAAAAUUCACGGAGUACCGACAGGGUAGCUGAUGCAUUGAAUUUUUAGAAUGAACAUAGACGUUUUUUUGUGGGUGGUGCACCGAUACGACUAUGCAAAUAUACUCAGCUUGGCUUCUUUCCUAAAUAAAUAACUUAAUUAAAUAGUAUUUCAUUUAAAUAUUCUUGAACAUGUUAAAUAAGUAAACAUUGUCAACCAGUUCUUGUUGACAUUGCUGAGAGCUGCUUCUCCCCCUUUACUUCUGUGCUGCUUGCCACAGUGUGGUAAAUUGCAGUGCACUCAGAUAUAUUACCACAAGCGUUUUUCUUUAUAUAACAGGAAGAAACAGUUCCGGCCCACUUUAACCUGUGGUGGUAGAUGUUAGCAUUAUAUUGAUUUUUGGAUCUUUAUAGUGUAAAAGUGCAGUGAUGGUGACUGAUUGUAACUCAGCACAUUUACUCAGGUACUGUACCAAUUUAAGGUACAUGUACGUUACUUACUCUACUCCACUACAUCUCAGGGUUAAAUUGUAUUUUUUUAUUCCACUACUAUUUGUCCGACUAAUACUGAUACAGCUGUAAACUGUACUAAUACAAGGUACUAGUUACUUUUUGGAUUCCUGUCUAGAGAAAAUCAUCACCUAAAUUUAGCUCAGCUUCUGAGAUCAUGAAAAGUUAAUUUAUUUUUUAAACACACUUGAGUCUCACAGGACAGCAACGCUACAAACAUUUGAUGAUCUUAGAAUGAAUAGAAUAUGAUGUACUGCGGGAAAUACCAAUCAGUGUACAUUAAAAUCAGCUUAACAUUAAACAUCAACAGCAAUAAAAAUGCAGCAUGCACAUUAAUGUGCCGCCUAAAUGCCAUGCAAUAGUAAAACACUGACAGUGAUGCUUUUUCUUUUAAUACAUUAUACAAGGUUUUUAAUGCAGUGUUUUUACUUGUAGUGGAGUAUUUUCACAGUGUUGAAAGCCGAAGUUUUUACUCAGGUAAAAGGGUCUGAAUAUUUUUUCCACCACUACAAAAGUGGCUGCCAACCUGGAAGUCUGAAGCCAAAAGCAUUUUUGAGAUAUAUCUGAUCAUUAAGGAAGUUUUGUUACAUUUUUUUCAAAUUCAGCUUUUGCUUUUUUCUUGUGAAAUACUUGGGUUUUUUUCUCUUUCAUAGAGCCAAAAAAUAAUCUUUAGUCACACUGCUCACAGCUCAUGUCCACAAUAUAAAAGUUUGGGAACAACUGUGCUAAAAGACAUUCUGCUUUUUCCUCAGAUCCCAUUUGUGGACAUAAAUCUGUGAUCCCUGUCUAUCUCAUUCUGUCCAUGACUGGCAGCAGUUAAUGUAUUGGGUCCCCUGGUUGGGAUUAGAAACAUCACCUUAGGCCUUCAUGUGAAUUAAUCUUUUCAGGAAAAUGCUUUGUUCAGUAAUUGCACAACAUCCUGGAAGUGAGUGAUUGUUUUCAGGUGCUGUUGUUAAAAAUUAAUUAAAUAAAAACUCUGGGGUGCCUUUGGAUAUUGCUCUUUUGAAAUGUUUUGACAGCUUUCCAUAGCAAUUACUAUUCAUCUGGCUGACGAACAGCCUCCUGUGUUUCUGCAACCAUAACGCAUAUCAUUUAUUUUGCUACUUAAGAGACACCCAGUAUUAAGAUUCACUGACACGUUAACUGUUGUGUCUGUAGACCGGUUUGUGUCCUUGGUUCUCUGGAAAACAUACAGCUAGUCAGCUGUUGUUUUGCCCCCAGUGUUUAAAACUACUGGGAGAUCCAGUCAUAAAUGUGGAGAACCACUUGCAAGCACAAGGGAGGAAACACUUAAAUGCACAGCAAUAAGUGAAUUUUGUUUCACGUUAGUUACAAAGUAAAAGCCUUGCCUACAGACUCAAGUCAUUUAUUUAUUUUUUUGAAUCCGACAUCGUGAAAAGUCAACAUCUGGGGACCAAUUGUUCGAACGUUUUUUGGAUGCAAUUUGCUGAAAUAGUCAAAAGUAAAAACAUUUACAAGGGUGGUUGAAAUAAACGUGUUAAUGUAAUAAAACCUACUGCAUUCAGUAACAAUACAUAACACCAUGCACAUGUCUAACAACAGAGAAACAAUUUACUGCAUUUGUGGCCACCCUCAGCAGUAGGAAUUUGGUAUUAUAAACUAUAUUCAUUAGGAAAAAAAAUAAUCAAAAGCAUUGUGAGUAGAGCGGGUAAACAGGGCAGCCAUAAUCUCUCACAUACUGAACAGUUAUGAUUAUCUAUUAUUGGCGAGAUAACAAACAAAUAUCAAAAUGCUCUAGAGUAUCAAAAAGGUAAACUGGAUACAGCAGUGGUCAAAAUCCAAAAGAAGUAUUCCAGUAAAUGUUUAUUGACAAAAAUGCAAUGAAUAGAGUUCUGCCAGACUUUGCUAAAUGGCAACAAACAGAAUCAGAGACAAGAAUUACAUUGUUGUGUGACAGCACUGGCAAAACACUCAAAAGUUAGGGAGUCAAUGACAAUGAAACACUAUCUAAUGUCAAAAAAAAAAAAAAAA